AUAUCUCUUUUUCUUGAUGUUUCAGCAUGCCUAACAAUCGAGCACAUCGUAGACCCGCCUGUUGUCAGUAAUUGCUCUGCCGUUACUUUGACAUGCCGUUUAAACAACUCAUCUCCCCUCAAUGUGGAGGUCUGGUGGACGUUUCGUGGAGAAAAUGCUUCUAAACUUCCGGACACAACUGUGAUAACGGACAAUGCAGACAAAGGAGAAUGGCAGUUGGAACUAAAAUGUCCGACUCUGGAGCAUAAAGGAAUAUACGCAUGUAAUGCACAAGGUAGGAAUGAAAGUGAAGUUGUCUACAGGAAAGAGGCGCUUCUGAGGAUAUAUGUUCCUGUUACAAUACAAGUAGAAAAUAAUAUAACUGCACAAAAGGCUGGAAAAAAAGCUAACUUAACGUGUCUAGUCAUAGCCCAUCCAUUAGCAGAAGUUGAGUGGCUGAAAGGGGAUGAGGUGGUCAACACCACUACAAAUAGUCGCCUUCAAGUAGCCGUUACACCGGUUGAUGCUACCACGAUUCUGGCUUCCUUGAGUAUUGAUGACUUGCAACGAGAAGAUAAUGGAACUUACGUUUGUGAAGCAAGUAAUGAGUUUACAAAUGCUAGUGCAGCCCAAGACUUGCUUGUUCAAGAACCUCCUGAAGUUGAAUUCUUAAAAAACGAUAUUACUGUAGAAGAUUCAAGCACCGUUACUUUAAGGUGGCAUGUUAUGUAUGAUGGAAAUCUACCUGUUGAACGAUUUCAUUUGGAGAGCAGAAAUUUCUUAGAUGAAUCACUGAUAGACCUUGAUCAUGAUAUUCAUGGCGAUGUUCGAAAUUAUACUGUGCACUCUUUGCUACCGGGACUCACUUACACAUUCAUGCUCUGCGCCGUAAAUGAAGCGGGAUAUAGUGAUUUUGAUUUCGUGAAUGUUUCAAUGCCAGCAGAUGUUCCUUCUAAAGUAUCCUGGGUACACGUCCUUGCAUCCACUAAUGAAACGCUCUUAUUUGGCUGGAGACGACCAACACAUAAUAAUGGAGCCAAUAUCACUCAUUAUAUCGUUCAACUUUGGCAUCAUAAUGGUAGUCUUGUAUUAAAUAACACUAUGGAUAUUCUUGCACCAGGCCGUAAUAACCAUAUGUACAUUUUUGUGGGUCUAGAUCCUGGUGAAACCUACAAUUUUCAGGUUCAGGCUUGCAAUGCAUUAGGUUGUGGUAAUUGGUCAGAACCUUUAGAAGGAACAACUUCAGACGGAAUACCAGAUCCUCCACAGAAUGUAGAAAUGAGGUGUGAUCAUGAUUUUGAUAAAGAUGCAGAUUCGGUUUAUAUCACUUGGGAAGCUCCACUAAAUGCAAGAGGAACUAUACUGAGUUACAAUGUGACAUUAUAUACUCGAGCUCAAUAUCGUAAUGAUAAUGGUCAAAAAGUUGAAGAGAAAACAACAAAAAUUAACAUUAUUGAUAUCAAAUCAAAUAAGAUGGAACAUAAGAUUGACGUUUUGCCUAAUACAGAAUAUACUGUUCAAAUUUGUACUAUAAACAGAAGUGGCUGUGGUCCCAUGACAAAUAUAACAGCUAACACUCAGUGUAAAUCUCUGACAAAUGUUCCUUCUUCACUGCCACAGUUUUCCAUGCAGCGAAAAAAUAACUCUAACGAUUGUAGACAACUUGAAUUAAAACUGCAAAGAGUUUCUGAAAGAAAUGGUUCUAUUUUGUGUUACAAAGUUAUUAUAAUAAAACUUUCAAAAGGCCAAAAUCUCAGCAAAUUACCAUCAAACCCACUAGCUCUUAAGCUCUCUACACAUGAACAAGUUCAUAAGAAUGGAGGUUAUGGUGCUUAUGUUGCAGAAGCUUUUACCAGUGAUGAUUUUGUCAGUGAAGUGGUUAUUGGUGAUAACCAUCAGCGAAAUUGUUCUUUGCCAUCGGAUAAAAAGCGGCAUAUAGUCCAAGGUUUAGGGGCAAACAAGGAAAUACAAGAUAUAGAUAUAGUUCAAGAUGGAAGUUUAGCUCCUAGUACAAAUUAUACUGGAUAUAUUUUAAUCAAAGUGCAAGGUCCUAAUAACACUGUGCUAACUAAAACAAGUUCUUAUUUUUCGCCAAUACUAACAGGUUCACCACCAACAGCAACUUCCACAGAAAGUCCAAUUCUUGUCAUUCUUGGUGUAGUCUGUGGUAUCAUAUUGGUCAUUCUAGCUUUCGCUCUGGCUCUUUUUCUUAUUCG